GUAAAAAUGAGACUGAUACUUUUAACAAUAUUUAUCGCAUUAUAUUGCAGUGUUUUAGUUGACGAGUCCAGUGGUCACGGCUAUAUAGCCGACCCGCCGUCCCGAUCGAGCGCCUGGAGGUUUGGAUUUCCUACUGUUCCCAACUAUGAUGACAAUCAGCUAUUUUGUGGUGGACUUGAUUAUCAGUGGAAAAAGAUGGCCGGAAAGUGCGGUAUAUGUGGCGACCCAUACGGCGGUCCCCUCGACAAUGAACUGCCGAAUGGAAAGUAUGCCAAACAUCUCGUAAUCACCCGCUCCUACAAAAAGGGUCAGAGGGUUGACGCUAAGGUCAACAUCACUGCCAAUCAUAUGGGCUUUUUUCAGUUCAAACUAUGUGAGGGCAAGACUAUGGCCAAGGAGGUGACCCAGGACUGCCUGGACAGUCAUACCCUACAGGUGCUCGAGUCGAAAGACAAGUUCAAGUAUAACGUACCGUCGGAGAAGCCUAAAGUGUAUACCGUUCCCAUCAAACUGCCCGAUGAUGUCCAGUGCGAGCGGUGUGUCAUUCAGUGGACGUAUACUGCGGGCAAUUCUUGGGGUCAGUGUCCGAACGGGACGUACGCCGAGGGCUGCGGACCGCAGGAGACCUUCAGAGGCUGUGCUGAUGUGAAGAUUGCCUAAAAUAAUUGGUCUUAAGAAAUGAUUAUCUGUUUGUUUAUGACUUUUGUGAGACAUUUAUAAAACGAUGAUACAUAUUAUUAUAAACGUAUUUUCCACACUCAUUUUAAUGAUUAAAUCUUUAUAAUGAAAUGUUUUUAUUAAAUUAAUAAAACUGUAUUAUUUGCUUUAUAAA